AUGCAUUUAGAAACUGAAUCUAAAGAAAAUAAGCUUUUUGCAAGUUGGUUUAUAGAGAUUGAAAAUAUAACAAGUUUAUUUGAGUUGCAAAAUACAGUUUUAUUUUCUAAACAUAUGAAAGUUGGCACUGGUAUGCAAUUUUUUAUUAAUACAGUAUAUCCUAAUAUAAAACUUGAAAUACCAAGUAAUAAAUACUUAAGAGAUCAAAUGAUUUUGUCUGCUCACAAUAAAGAUGUUUAA